AUGAGUUCUGAAUUAAAUCUGUUUAUAUUUGAUUUCGAUGAAACAUUAUCAGUUCGUUCAUCAUCUGAUCCUAUUGAAGAACUUGCUCAUGAUAAACAAAAAUUAAAUCUUGAUGAUAUUAAUUAUCGUUAUGAAAAAUUACAUCAUUGUUGGAAUAUACGAAUGAAUGAAGUACAUGAACGUCUUGCUCAACAAGGUAUUCAAACAGAACAACUCAUAAAAGCAUUUCGUACAAUUGAAUUAAGUCCCGGUGUAGAUGAACUAUUUCAUAAUAUAUACAUAAGAAAUGGACGAAUUGUAAUAAUGAGUAAUGCUUGUGAUCUUGCUAUAAAAGAAUGUCUUCAAGCUCAAAAUCUAUUUCAAUAUGUUUAUAAAAUUGAAAGUAAUCCUGUACGUCAAAUUGAUCCAAUUAUACUAAUUGAUGAAUAUGAAAAACCUUUACAAACUACAUGUGAAAUAUGUGAACCAAAUCUAUGUAAAGGUUCAAUUAUCGAUAAAUAUCGAGAGAAAGAUAAAUUUGAUAAAAUAAUUUUUAUUGGUGAUGGUAAUAAUGAUGUUUGUGCAGCAUUACGUUUAAAUAAAAAUGAUAUUGUCUUUGCUAAACAUGAUGAAAAAGAUAAUACUAAAAUUUAUCCAAUGUAUAAUAUAUUAAAAAAACAAUAUUUUCAUGAAUUAAAAUCUGAAUUAUUUAUUUGGAAUACAAUGAAAGACAUGACAUUAAUAAUUAAUCAACGUUUGAUAUCUAGUAGUUUAUCAUCAUUGAUUAUUUAUCGACAAUUUUGGAAUUCAUUAAAUAUUGUCUGGAACAAAUAUGAUCGAAAACGUGUACAAGAAAUAGGACCUGAUCGUGCUUGUGCUGAAUGGUUAUUACGAUGUGGUGGUUCAGUACGUUUUAAAAAUUGGGGUACAUUUACAUCAAAUUAUAAUGCAUUACCAAUUGGUGCUCCUGGUCAAUUUAAAAUUGAAGAAAUUCGAGCUGUAAAUGCAUGUAUUACACCUGAAGGUUUUGCAUAUUUAGAUGGCCUUACUGAUUUAAAGAAAAUUCAUUUAGAAAAAUGUGAUCAAAUUGGCGAUAGUUCUAUUGCUCGAUGUAAUAAAGUGAAAGAUACAUUAGAAUCUAUAGCACUUAUUGAUUUAACUCAAAUAAGUGAAAAUGGUCUUGCUUAUUUAGCUGGAUUAACAAAUUUAAAACAUGUUGUUUUGUCUCGUUUGCUAAGUAUAAAACAUCGUGAAGCAGUACUCAAGUUAUUGAAAAAUGAAUUACCUCGAUGUACUAUUAAUUAUGAUGAUGAACAUCCUUCAUCUAAGGAACUGAAAGAAAAAUGA